CUAUGGUAAAAGAAUAUGACGCCGAGUUGGCUUGGCAGGUCAGUUUUUUAACUUAUUGUCAAAAAGAUUGGAUUUUUGUUGAUUUAUUACAAAAAUGAUGCAUUUUACCGCAUAGAACUUGUUAUAUUUCAAUGUUUAUUUGUCUUGUACUAAGCGGUUGCGUCUGAUUUGCUUAAAAUGGAGUCGGACUCAGCUCUUCAUGGUGAUAUUCCCGAUGGCGCGGAAAUGUCCCCUUUAGUUGAAAACCAAGCAGAAACAGUCGGUGAAAUCAGUGAUAAUAAUAUAGCACCAGAUGAGUCUGAAGGUGUACAAACUACAGAAGAUGCAGCAACAAAUGGAGGUGCUCCAACAAGUAGCAGUGAUGUCCUAGAUUUGGAACCUAUUGCAGAUCUGCCAGAAAAUGAAGAACAGCAUGCUGAGCAAGAUGCUGAAGAAGAAAUGGAUAUAGAUGAAACCACUCCAAGGACAGCUGGGGAUGAGUCAGCAUACAUUGGAGAUAACUGCCUGUCAACUCCAGCAGAGACAGAGGAUAACUCUCUGCAAGAUGACAACCAGCUGGAGCCUUUAUUAAAGGAGCAAGGGUUAGAAGAGGGGGAGGGAGUGGAGGGGGCACAGGAGGAGUCUCCAGAUCAGUCUAUAAGUUCUGCCAUGCCCAUUGAAGGAGAUGGUGCACCCUUGAUACAAGAUGAAGAAUCAAGUACGAUGGAUGAAGACAUGGGCGGUGGCGAAGGGGUGGCCAGUAGUGAUGACGUGAAUGACAUCAGCAGCGCGGCACAAGAAGUCCUCAGCACAGGCAUCAGUUCUAGCACAACAGAGGGUGGAGCGGACAUAUCGAGUAGCGGGCAGAGCGAGGCCGCGCUCAUCUCAUCCACGGCCAACGGGCCCGCUGUGCUGCACUCCUUCUCUGUGCUGCCUCAAGCGCAGCCCACUAAUGAGUUCAACGACGCGGACACGUCGGAGAUGGAGGGCGCUGCGGACACCAUGCCCUCCGUGAGCGAGUCCAUGCCUCUGCUCACCAUGACUGCCAACGGCUCUGCGCUGCUCUCGCCCAAUCUACUUCAAGGCAUGUUCCAAAGCGAAGAGGGGGGCGCGGCGAGCGUGUCCUCUUCAGGAGCGGAGGGUGGUGGCGGGGAGACGGGUGGUGCGGGGGAAGGGGACGGUGCAGUUAGCAGCUCGGGCCCCGCUGCGGCCGGAACUAACGGCGCGCCUCCCAUACCGCCCACGGACGCCGCGCACGCGCUGGCUACUCUAGCAAGUGCCGCGCUGCACCACCAACAUGAACAGGCAGAACCCGAGGAUCAAAAGCCACAAAAUGAAGAAGAUCUUUGGUAUACCGUCGGCUUUGUAAAAGGAACCACAUUUACGGUGCAAAACUACAUAUCAGAUCCGAAUGUUGAUAUAUCGAAUCUAUCGCUGGAUAGUUUGCCGGAUUUCGCUACUUUGCCGACGACACCACUAGAGCACGGCACUGCAUACAAAUUUAGAAUAGCUGCCAUAAACUCGUGUGGGCGCGGAGAAUUUAGUGAGGAGUCAGCAUUUAAAACCUGCUUGCCGGGUUUCCCGGGCGCACCGUCCGCUAUAAAGAUCUCCAAAUCAGUGGAGGGAGCACAUCUGUCGUGGGAGCCCCCACAAGUGGCUGCGGAAGGAAUCUUCGAGUACUCAGUCUAUCUCGCAGUACGCUCUAACACACAACCCAAGUCGUCCAAGUCGCAGCUGGCGUUCGUGCGGGUGUACUGCGGCAAAGCGAACACGUGCGUCGUGCUGCAGUCGUCGCUGAGCGCCGCGCACGUGGACUCGUCCGCCAAGCCCGCCAUCAUCUUCCGCAUCGCCGCGCGCAACGACAAGGGCUACGGGCCCGCCACACAAGUCAGGUGGCUGCAAGAUAUAAAGUCAACGGGGGUGAAAAGACCAGGCGAAGGGCGGUUGCCGGGCGCGUCGCCGUCAAAACAACCAAAACAAUUACUACAUUGAAUAUUUAAUAUUAUUAUUUACGAUUCUGAGGUUUUACUUAGAAGUACAUCAAUGUAUGAAAAUAUUUUGUUUGGCCUUUGUGUGCUUGUUGCACAUUUCUAUUGUAAUUUGUAGCACACAUAGCAAGUGUAAAGUUAUAUUUUGUAAUAAUAUUGUAAAACAAUCAUAAACAGAUGUGAACGAACUAAGUGUUUUUGACUCAUGUUUGACUACAGAUUAUUUUUAAUAUGCAAUAAGGGACUGAUAAGAUGAAGUUGUGUAGGUAUCAUUAAAUAGAAUAAGUGCAAAAUUAUAUCUGUUAUGUAAAAUAUCCUUUCAAAGAAUAAACAACAUUUUUAAAUGUA